GCAGUGCUUGGCAACACGCUCAAGUUGCGGAUGCCCGUGGCGGCCGAGUUCGUGGCGCUCCUGAUCGACAGCGGCUCGCCACGGCAAGCAGAGCCUGCGCGUCGCGUCGCCGGCAGGGCUGGGGUGAGGGAGGAGCGCAUCUCGGCGCCAGCGGAGAAGCCGCUGCCCGAGACG